UUUUACCAAAACGACGCCGUGUACCUCCAAACACACCAAAACGCAGCGUUUCACCCACCUCAGUAAAACCUAAACCCCCUUUCUUCUUCUUCAACCUCUGAAAGACUCUGCUCAGUCUCUCAGUUCUGCCAUGACCAACCCAACACCUCGAGAGCAACCCCAAAUCCUGGAAACCAUCACAACCCUCUUAAUCUCCACCAAAACCCCACAACAACUCCAAUCCCUUAAACCCUACAUUCCCCACCUAACCGAGCCCCUCCUCCUCUCUCUCCUCCGCUCCAGAACCCUAGCCUCCCACCCCUCCACUCUCCUCUCCUUCUUCCACUGGGCCCAGGCCCACAUCCCCCUCCUCACCCAAACCCCUCGCCCCCUCCUCACCCUCCUCCCCUCUCUCUUCUCCCACAACAAAUUCGCCGACGCCAAAACCCUCCUCGUCCAAUUCAUCUCCUCCGAUUCCCAAAACACCCUCCACCGCCUCAUACUCCACCCGGACGACGCCGUUCCGCGCCGCUGCAAGGCCCUCCUCGACACCUCCAUCGGCGCCUAUGUCCACGUCGGAAAGCCCCACCUCGCCGCCCAGCUCUUCUCGAAAAUGAAGAAGCUCCGGUACCGGCCGAAUCUCCUCACCUGCAACACUCUGCUCAAUGCUCUGGUAAGGUGUGACUCGUCUCAUUCCAUUGCAAUGUGUGUAGAUAUAGUUAGGGAUGCCAUUGGACUAGGGGUUACUGUUAAUACCGGCACUUUUAACAUUUUGAUUUACGGGCAUUGCUUGGAGAAUAAGUUUAGGGAUGCCGUCGAUUUGUUGAGCAAGAUGAAUGAGUUUGGAUGCCAGCCGGAUAAUGUGAGCUAUAAUACGAUUUUGGAUUGGUUGUGUAAGAAGGGGAAGUUGAGUGAGGCGAGGGAGUUGUUGACGGAUAUGAAGUUACGAGGGGUGUUGCCGAAUAGGAACACGUAUAAUAUUUUGGUUUUCGGGUAUUGUAAGCUGGGGUGGUUGAGGGAGGCGGUGCAGGUGGUGGAGUUGAUGACACAGGGUAAUUUGUUGCCGGAUGUUUGGACGUAUAAUAUGUUGAUUAGUGGGUUGUGUGGAGCGGGCAGGAUGGAGGAGGCGAUAAGGCUGAGGGAUGAGAUGGAGAAGUUGAAGCUGGUGCCGGAUGUUGUCACGUAUAAUACGUUGAUUAACGAGUGUUUUGAGGGGAACGAUGAUUCUAAGGCGUUGGAGUUGCUUGAGGAGAUGCGUGAACGGGGAGUGAGAGCAAAUGAAGUUACUCACAAUAUAAUGGUGAAGUGGUAUUGUAAGGAAGGGAAGAUGGAUGAAGCAAGAGAUACUAUUAGGAAGAUGAAGGAAGAGGGGUUUGCUCCUUGUUCUAUCACUUACAAUACUUUGAUCAACGGGUAUUGCAAAGCAGGGAAAAUGGAAGAAGCAUAUAGGGUGAUGGAUGAGAUGUUUAGGAAAGGUUUGGAUAUGAACACUUUUACCCUCAAUACUAUUCUUCAUGCAUUUUGUAGUCAGAAGAAGCUAGACAAGGCAUUUACAUUGUUCCAUACUUCCGUUGAGAGGGGUUAUAUACUUGAUGAGGUGACCUAUGGAACUCUGAUCAUGGGAUGCUUUAAGAACGAAAAUCCAGACAAGGCUUUGGAGCUUUGGGAAGAGAUGAAGGAGAAACAGAUCCUUCCUAGCAUUGUCACCUACAACUCUAUAAUUGGAGGCCUGUGCCAGUCUGGGAAAACCGAUCAAGCACUUGAUAAGUUGAAUGAGCUUGUAACGACGGAUCUAAUCCCUGAUGAAACUACAUACAACACGAUAAUUCAUGGCUAUUGCCGUGAGGGUCUGGUUGAGAAAGCAUUUCAGUUCCACAACAAAAUGGUUGAGAAAUCGUUCAAGCCGGAUGUGUAUACAUGUAAUAUUCUUCUUUCUGGACUAUGCAGUCAGGGUAUGUUAGAAAAAGCUCUUAAGCUUUUUAACACCUGGAUUUCUAAGGGAAAAGACAUUGAUGCAGUUACUUACAACAUAUUGAUAUCCGGCCUUUGCAAAGAAAGGAGGUUUGGUGAUGUUUUUGGUCUUUAUGCUGACAUGAUAGAAAAGAAAUUAUCUCCGGACCGGUAUACAUACAGUGCCAUUCUCAGUGCACUUACUGAUACUGGUGAGAUUAAGGAAGCAGAGGAGUUUAUAUUGAAAAUGGGUGAAACGGGGAACUUACAUGAUUGGUCCUUGAAAAUAGACAAGGGGCCAAAUGGGGUGACCUGUGAAUCUUCAGUAGAUUCUGAUUCAACCACACUAGCUUAUUCAGACCAGAUCAAUCAGUUGUGUACGCAAGGUAAAUACAAGGAUGCAAUCCACAUUUUGCUAGAGUCGAAGCAGAAAGGUAUCACUUUAAAUAAAGAUGUUUUUAUAAAUUUGAUGGAAGGGUUGAUUAAAAGGCGAAAAGGCACAUCAAAGGUUGUUAGCCUGUAGUGACAACUUGGGCUAUCUUUCACAAAAUCUUUGAUAAUGAGGGGCAUAAUGAUAUAGUCCUCACCUCCUGGGGUUGAAGCAUGAGUCCAGUACCAGCAUUGAAGAGUAAUUCUCAACUGCCUGACUUCCAACUCCAUUCCCCCUGGGGUAAAUGGAGAUAUGCGACUGUUAAUGAGGGCCAGAAUGAUAUAUAAACUUCAUAUAUGUGUAUCAGCCAUUACAUGCAGAUUCUACUGGCUUUAUUGAUUCAAAUGCAUUGGGUUGCUGCUAAGCUCUGCGUUUUCAGCUUGGUGCUAUUUGUCAUAAAGGCGUUGAUAGUGGAGAUAGUUAUAAGGUUGCUGGAACAAACGGGAAAUUGUCCUGGCCUGCUGGGGUUAAAGCUUGCUAUAUAUGUCAGACAGUAAUUCUCAACUGUCAGACUCCCAUCUCCAUCCCCUUUGGAUAAAUCAGAAAAAAAAGUGACUGUCAACCCAGGCCUGAAAGACAACACUUAACUUCAUAUAUGCAUAUCAGCAAAGCAAUGCAGAUUGUUCUGGUUUUAUUGGUUCAGAUUCAUUGUGUUGGCGGUUGGUUCUUCCAAAACAGCAUCACCUCCUCAUUUCUUGAGAAUCCCAGCAACAUUUUUCUGCUGCGAUUGUGCCUUUACUGUAUAGUUGCUUGUAAAAUAUGAAGGAAAGAGUUUUAAGCAAGCAGAAUGGAUUGUAUGGUAUUACCAUCUCAUCAUUCUCAUGUCAUUAUAGUGAAAUUGUCAUUUGUCCUUUCUAGCAAGGAAAUAAUAAUUGAAAUCAUCUUCAUUUCU